CAUUCGUGCAAUAUCGAGUUAUCGCAGUCGUCGCUGCACUACGAUUAGACUAUUUUACGCUGACUUGCACACUUGUUUUACCUUCGAGCAAGUCGAUACCUAAACUUCAAAGUAUAAGUAGUGACUCAGAGAAUUAAACAGUAUGCACACCAUGAUACUACGCGCCGUCUGCUCGAUCAGCGAGGCUGAAAUGCGGUCGAGAUCGAACAUCGGCUUGUUCGAUCAACGACAGCUUGUUUCUCGUUUAUUUUUUUUUUUUUUCACUACGAAGUUUUUUUCGAUUCUCCAAUGUUUCGUCGGGUGUUUAAAUAACUCCGCCAUGAAUUCUGUAAAGCAUUUUAGCGAUCCUGAUUAUUCGCGAUUGUUAUGUUCGACAUAACCUGUGCAUUUAUUUACGGCGAGUAUCGGAGCUUCCGCAUUUUGGUGUUGGCCGAGAAAAAAGGUGUAAAAUGGAGCUCGAGUCAAGCAGAUACUGCUCGGAUCAUACACAAGACCCAAUCCCAGUGAUGUUAAUAGAAAAAGAUCAUUCUUAUUACUUAAAAGUACCUGAUGUGCCUGAUAAAUACGUCGAAGUGUCGCAAACAGGUCCUUGCAUAAAUGUAGAUAUUCCUGCAGGACCUUCCAGCAAUUGUGCAGCUGCUUCAGACAAUUACGAAUCAGAUUCUGUCGAAAUUGUGUCAGAAUUUAAAGCUGAAGAUGUUAAGCUGGAUGUAAACUUAUUGGUCACAUUGAAUUGUAACAAUAAUAACUCAAACGGCGACGUUAAGGUGAAUGAAGAAAAAAUUCCAAAAAUUCAAGAUAUAUUAUUUGUGGACGUGUUAAAUGAUGUCGACGACGACGACGAUUAUGAACCACCUGUAUUUCAUAAAAGUGAUUACUUCAACGAGUCGAAUACCAAUGAUAAUGAACCCAUAAAGUGUGGCUUAUGUCAAAAAUUAGUGAACAGCAAAAACUUUCAAAAUCACAUAGACGCAGUGCAUAAUGGUUUUCGACCUUAUAAGUGCAACGAGUGCGGCAAAGCAUUUGGUAAGAAAAGAGUACUUGACAGGCACAUCAAUGGCGUUCACAAGAAAAUCAGGAAUUUUACAUGCAGUCAGUGUCACAAAACUUUUACACAAAAGUGUGACCUUAAAAGGCACAUUCUCGAGGUACACCAAGAUAUUAGAUCUCACAAAUGCACCUUGUGCCCGAACGCGUACAAAAAAAAGUCUACACUUUUGCUGCACAUUGACAAAGUGCACGACAUUGAAAUUACAGAUGAAGUAACAACUAACUGUACAAAAACUAACACUACCGUUGUAAAAAUUAACGAUAUACAGAGUCAAAGUAUCGACGACAAAGUCAUCGUACUGGGUGAAUUCUACAGCUGCAACGAGUGCGACAAAAAGUACAUUCUCAAGUCCAAGCUGAAAGAGCAUGUGCGCAGAGCGCACAGCAAACUCGAGACCUAUCGGUGCUCCAUAUGCGAGAACGUCUUCCCCGAGCAGAAGGCGCUCGAGGCGCACUUCAGGAGCGUGCACGAGGGCAUCAAGCCGUUCGCCUGUCGGCGCUGCGACAAGACCUUCAGCAGGCGUCACCAGCUGAAGCAGCACGUCGAGGCGCACCAUCUGGGCCUGAAGCCGUACGAGUGCUCGGAGUGCGGCAAGGCCUUCGGUCUCAAGCUCAGCCUCAAGCGUCACACGCUCCAGGUGCACCGUGGCCUCAAACCGUACCGGUGCGAGCUCUGCCCCAAGGCCUUCUUGCAGGCCAGCCUGUAUCGCUCGCACGUGGACACGGCGCACCUGGGCAUCAAGCGGUUCGAGUGCGCCGACUGCGGCAAGCGCUUCGGCAAGAAGCCCCAUCUGCGCGUGCACCUGGCCACGGUGCACCUCGGCACCAAGGCCCACGAGUGUCGCGAGUGCGACAGGGCCUUCGGCCAGAUCGGCGAUCUCAGGAAGCACGUGAACGUGCGUCAUCGCGGCAUGAGGCCCUACGCCUGCGAUCGGUGCGGCCGCACGUACGGGCAAAAGGCCCAUCUGAAUCAUCACGUGGACGUGGUGCACUACGGCCUGAAGCCGCACGUCUGUCCGGUCUGCUGCAAGGCGUUCUCGGCGAGGAGCGUGAUCAGGAAGCACUUCAGGGCGAUGCACAAGGGCCUGGUGCUCGAGGUGCUCGAGAAGAACCGUGUGAAGCUCGAGGAGCUGGAGAAAUGUGAUUGAUAUAGAUUUUUUUUUUAUAAUUUUGUACAUUUUUAUUAUGUAUUAUC